UGUAUGUCUCUCAUGUCUGGGUUCCAAGCACGUCUUGGGAGCGUUAGGUAUGCGUCAAACUAGUACCACAUGAGGGGAAACAACACUGUGAGCCCUCAGGACCUGUGCUUUUAUAAGAUUCUAUAUUAUUCAGUCUUCUUCUUCUUCUUCUUUUCUUGCAGAUCAUAAUGCAGAGGCCCGAAGAGUCCAGGAUAUGCUCUCAGGAAUGGACAAACCACAGGUGUCUAAGGUGCAGUCUCGCUCGGCGCUGGUGUCCUGGGCCCCGGUCACGGUUGCUAGUGGGCAGGGUGACGCUGCUCCUUCCUCCCGUACCUACGAGCUCAUGCUGACUGACAAGGGUAUCGACGGGAAGUACCGCGUGGUCUACAGUGGGGAGGACCUGGAGUACAACCUCACAGACCUGCGGCCGGCCACAGACUACCAUGUCCGAGUCAGCGCCGUGGGUGAUACAGUGAGGGCUCCGCGUUCCGAGGUGGGGGCCUUCACCACCCACUGUGGCCCCCCAGACACCCCACUCCCCCCCAGACUCUCGCAUCGCUCCAAGAGCUCGCUCACCCUCCAGUGGAAGCCUCCGCUGGACAACGGAUCAAGAAUCACAAGCUACAUAUUAGAAUGGGAUGAGGGCAAAAAGAACGGCGCGUUCCGAGGGUGCUACUUUGGCAACCAGAGGCACUUUAAAGUCACACGGCUCUGUCCAGCCUCAGGCUACACGUUUCGGGUGGCCACACUAAAUGACAUUGGGUCCAGCGGCUUCAGCUCAGAGGUGGCCUUCCACACCACGGGCAGCCAGCCCCAGCUGCCCCCCGCCCCACAGCUCCAGAGGGCGGGCAGCGGCUGGCUCACGCUGGACUGGGCGCGCCCCAGCGGCUGCGUCCCGGAGGAGCCCGUCACCUACAUCCUGGAGCUCCAGGAGGACAGCCAGGGACCAGAGUUUCAUGCCAGGUACAACGGUACGGACGUCGGCUGCACAGUGGAUAAUCUUAAGCGCAGCACUCAGUACAGCUUCAGGCUCACCGCCUGUAGUGUAGAGUGGAGGAUCGGUCCGAGCGCGGUGCUGGUGUGCAAGACCAUCCCCGAGCAGCCGGGACCACCAACGGACCUCGCCGUGAGGGAGGUCGCUUCACACGGCGUCUGUGCCUCAUGGCAACCUCCACAGGACGACGGCGGCUCAGAUGGUUUGACGUACAUCCUGGAACUCUUGGAGGAGGAGACUCAAGCAGAGGCUCAGUGGGAGGAGGUGUAUAGAGGCCCAGCCCUGGCGCACGCGUGUGAGGGCCUGAGGCCGACCACCUGCUACUCGUUGCGGGUCCACUGCAUCAGCGCUGGGGGCCAGAGCCAGCACUCUCAAAGUCUGUCUGUCCGAAGCCUGUGCCUCCCCCCAGCCGCCUGCCAACCCCCGAGAGUGGCGGGGAACGUCAAGCACAAGGAGGUGACCUUAGAAUGGGAUCAGCCUGUGUGUGAGGGUGCUGGCGAGGCGGUGGAGUUCACUGUGGAGAUGUGUGCCGUGGAGGUGUGUGCCGUGGAGGUGGAAGCUGAGCAGGAGAUAGAACCACAGGAAGAGGGCCAGCCGCCGCCGCCACAAGAGCCACAAGAGCCACAAGAGCCACAAGAGCCACAAGAGCCACAAGAGCAGCCGCAGCAGCAGCCAGACAUCCAGUGCCCACCAGUGGAGGUGUACCACGGAGAGGCCACCGAGUGCACCGUAGGCAGCCUGCUCCCCGGCGCCACCUACACGUUCCGCGUGCGCGCUGCCAACGUCGGCGGGGCGGGGCCCUACUCCGAGACCCUCACGGUCACCACGGCAGCCGGACCCCCAGGCCAGUGCGGCGAGCCCCACGUGACCACCACUUCUCACUCCAGUGCGGCAGUGAGCUGGGAGAGCUGUGCGGGUGCCGGCGCGGACAUCUCCGAGUACCGGCUGGCCUGGGGCCGUGACCUGGACUCCCUGGAGGUGGUGUACAGCGGCACGGACACGUCCUGCGAGAUCUCCGACCUGGAGGCGGCCACGGAGUACUGCUGCAGGUUACAGGCGGCCAACCAGGAUGGGGCAGGCCCCCACAGCGAGCUGGUCACCUGCCGAACCCCCGCAGCCGCCCCCAGUGCUGUCCCGAGCCUCUUCCUCCAGGAGUGCCCCCCUACUGACGCCGACCUUUACCCUCCCUCCACCUGCCUGCCCCUGGCCUGGGAGGAGCCCUGCUGCAAUGGUGCCGAGAUCACCUCCUACUCCGUCGUCAUGGGAGACCAAUCGUUUGCCGUCGGCAACGUGGCGUGCUACGUAGUGACGGACCUGCAACCCAACACUGAGUACAGCGUCCAGGUCCGGGCUGAGAAUGAGAUCGGUGCCGGUCCUUUCUGUGUGCCCCUGCUGACUCAGACCAGCCCCCUGCCCCCGGCGCCGCCCCGCCUGGAGUGUGCUGCCGUGGGGCCCCAGAGCCUGAAGCUGCGCUGGGGAGACGGCGGCAGCAGCAGCAGCAGGGGACAGAGCUGCGAGGACGUCACGUACACCCUGCAGAUGGAGGACCGGAACCAGAGGUUCGUGGCGAUCUACCGCGGGCCGAGCCACACCUUCCGGGUGCAGCGUCUAAGCGAGUCGAGCCACUACAGCUUCCGCAUCCAGGCCGUGAGCGAGGCGGGGGAGGGGCCCUUCUCUGAGACCCUCAGUCUGUGCACGUCCAAGUCUGUGCCUCCCACGCUCAAAGCCCCGCGAGUGUCCCAGCUGGACGGAAACGCCUGUGAGGUCACAUGGGAGGCGGUGCCACCCAUGCGAGGGGACCGCAUCACCUACACGCUUCAGGUCCUCGGAGGCCGAGACGCCGAGUACAAGCAGGUGUUCAAAGGAGAGGAGACGUGCUUCCAGCUCUUCAGCCUGCAGUGGAACACAGACUACCGCUUUCGCGUCUGCGCCGGCAGGCACUGCCCGGACGCCUCCUCGCUGGAGCUGAGCGGGGCCUUCAGCCCGUCUGUCCACUUCACCCCGCGCCGCCUCGAGCAGACGCCGGCCGUCGAGGCCAGCGCCGUGGCCCCGCUGGCCGUGAAGGCCUUCGGAGUCACCUCCACGGACGGACAGUUUGCCACGCUCAUCGUGGCGGGCCUGGCCUCGCUCUCCUUCCUCCUGGCCUUCCUCCUGCAGCUUGUCCUCAUGGAGUAGCUCUGCCCAACGAGUUGGGUGAGGAAAAGGGAAAAACAAACAAAUAUAUGAUAUGAUAGAAUGAAAAGAAAGAGAGGAUCGAAACUUUAGGGAUAUUUCUUUAUAUGUAAGGGGACACACCUAUCCUCUACUAUAGAUAUAUAUCAUAUUUGGGAUCAUUUUAAAAAUCCUGUUUUUCUUUUCUUUUUUUUUUUACAUGUUGUAGUCUCCUAUACGAUUCCAUCGUCUGUACGUCACAUUCCAUUUUUCUGUGUUUUAGCCCUUUAUCUGUCUGUAACUUUUUAUAUGUCUGAGGAAAAGGAUGCAGUGCGUCUGUGUUGCGCCAGUUCUGAAACCACAAUCCUGAAAAAAUGGUCUUACAAAAGUAUUUUUAUACUUUUUUUUUAAAUGGUAUUUAGGUCCAUGACUGAAACAACAAAAAAAAAUCUAUUUUCUACAUCGGAACUUGAUGUUUGGUCCUAUUUUUCUCUAAGCCUGUUCUCUAAGUGUAUUUAUAUUUGUACUGUUAUAUUGUCUAUGUUACAGCUUUAACAUUUGAUGGCUGAAGGGAUACCCCCCUGCUUUUGGGGUGAGAUGAGACCCAGGGGCUUUAGGUGUGUUGGAAUAAGGGGGCAGAUGGAGUGCUUGGUAUGAAUUAAACCCGUCGUCCACGUAUCCUCUAAUGAAGUAAACUGCUGAGUGGGGGUUUAUAAUACUAACUGUCGAGAUAAUGUCAGCUGACCACUGGCCAGAUAGAAUCGACUCCCAGAGGGCAGUGUAAAAGAGAACUGUCCACCCUCAACCACCCAGCACCUUGUUCGGUCUGGAUUGGCGUCCUCGUUAUGAUAUGCUGCUUUGCAAAUGUACAAAAAAAGGGAAAGUGUCCAGAGCAUCAGCAGCAACAGCAGCAGCAGCGGCAGCAGCGUUUAUCAAUCCCAAAGAGUUUCACCGAGCGACCCCUUAGUGAUGACACGAAGCCAGGAAUGUGCCUCAGGGACUCGGGUUCGAAAGGGUGACAGCCUCACGUUCCAGGGUGGCAGUGUCUGGCCCCCGUGCCCCCCCCCCCCCCCCCCCCCGUGUCUUUUCCAGUCAUUUCAUUGGUGUUUUUUUUUCCUCUCAUUUUGUGUUCAGUCAUUUCAGCCUUACAGCUCAGCUCUGCAGCCUGCUCUUCUCUUAGCCUCACACAAUGAGUAUAGCCCAAGACUACAGUACACACUCUUAAAGAAACGUUUACUAGCUCAGUCAUACCUUAACCAAAGUUAAUGAGCGGUUUUUGUUAGGGUUCUAUUUAUGCUAUAUAUUGCAUACCGUACUUUAUAAUGCAAAUCACAGUGCAAUCUUCAUUUAUUUAUUUCUUUUAAAAAAAAAAAAAAUCAAAAGAACCGUCAUACAUAUUUUCUCAUGUAGCAUGUCCUAUAUUUUACCUUUUUUGGUUAUGAUUUCAUUUUUACAUAUAUUUUAUAUUUUUCAAAUAGAAAAUGGCAUUCCUAACAUUUUGUUAAUCUUGUUCAUGUUUCAGACCUGUCUUUUAAUGUUAAGUCUUUUUUUUUUUUUUUAACCAUGCAAGUCAUGUCCAGAUAAUGAAGUGAAUAGGUGCUGUUCCACAUGAUGCACACACACCCAAUGCUAUUGCUGAGGCCCACACACACACAUGGCAUUAUGUUCUUAAUCACAAGGUAACGUGUGGGACUCCAUAGCAUCCACUACCUACUCUGCUUGAACUGGUAACACUUUCCUUGAGUAGUUUUUUCAUUCUUUUUCCACCCCCUUCUGUUCACGUCUUGACAAAGAGUCUUUAGUCUUCACAAAUGAUCUGUGAAAGAAAAGACUUAACCCCCAGCACAUUGACCUUUUUUUUUAUCGGAAUCAAUCAGUUUUGUAUUAUAAGAAAGUUCUCUUGGAUUUGAAUAUUGACACUUGAAGAUUUUAUCUUUCUUUGAUGACAUCUUGAAAAUGUUACCCUCAAAAGAAAUGUUGUUUUUUUUAUGUUAACUUGAGCUUAAAAGAAGACUCAUUCCACAUUGCCAUUAUUUUUUAAAUAUAAUCAACUAUGAUUUUUAGAAUUCAUCAAUAAUUGUACAUUGUAAUCAUAGACAUAGACAUAUGAAAUACUACCAUAUCAACUUUAAUGUAUAGAUUUUGAAAAUACUACCCUUUGUAUUUAAGAUGAUUAUGUAUCUGUAGCAUAUAUGUAAUAUAUUUAUGCACAAUAAAUGUUUAAUUUUUUUCUUGAA